GUGGCUUGAUUGAUGUGAUCUUAGUCUUAUCAGACAAUCAGGCGGCUCAAACAUGCCGCCGCGAUAGCUUCAUGACAUGGCAUUAUCCGAGGUUCAGCCGAUCUAGAAAUAACCAACCAACUCAUCAGAGUCACCAAUAAAUAAGCAUGAGGUAAAAUUUUAAUGUCAUUUUUCAAUUCAGCAGUUUUCCCUGAGAAAAGAUAAAUAGCCAACUAUUUAUCUUUCCUGCAAAGUUUUGUAUUCACAGAAAUAACACAACUUUGCGGGGCAAUUCAGCAACAAUGACACGAACACCGACACUACCUAGAUAUGUACGAGUCGCAGUGACACAGUUUGAGCCAGUUUGGCUCGACUUGCAAAAGACAGUUGAUAAAACAUGUCUUCUUAUCAAAGAGGCGUCUGCAAAUGGUGCACAGCUGGUCUCAUUUCCAGAAUGCUGGAUCCCAGGCUAUCCAUCAUGGAUUUGGACUCGAAGUGUUGAUUUUGAUCUUUCUAUUGCCUACAUCAAGAACUCAUUACGCGUCGAAUCGCCUGAAAUGGAUCGUAUAUGUGCAGCAGCGAAAGAAAGCAAUAUAUCAGUCGUUUUAGGCUUCAGCGAAAAUUGGAAUCAGUCUCUUUACAUUUCUCAAGCAAUCAUCGAUCACGAAGGCAUCAUAAAAGUGAAACGUCGAAAGCUCAAGGCUACACAUAUGGAGAGAACUGUAUUUGGCGAGGCAUCAGGAUCAUCGUUGACGAAUGUAGUCGAUCUCGCUGGUAUUGGACGAGUGGGAGCUUUAGCAUGCUGGGAACAUGCACUCCCUUUGCUCAAAUAUCACAGUUAUAGCCAACGGGAAAGUAUUCACGUCUCCCAAUGGCCGCCAGUAUGGGAACAUAGUGGAGGACCUGAUCUUUGGUCCAUGUCCAGAGAUGGAAGCCGAACUCUUUCGCAGACAUAUGCCAUCGAAUCACAAUCAUUUGUUUUACACACUACAGCGGUACUAAGUCAGGAAGGUAUCGAUAGAAUGAAUACUAGCAACGGUCUUGUUAUGAACGUGCCUGGUGGAGGCACGUCUGCCAUUUUCGGCCCUGAUGGACGAAAAUUGUCUGAAGAUUUGCCAGAUACAGUCGAAGGUUUCUUAUAUGCAGAUCUCGAUUUGGAUGAAAUUCUGAAAUCGAGGAGUUUCUUGGAUGUUUGUGGUCAUUAUAGUCGCCCUGAUUUGCUAACAAUCCGCAUCAAUGAUAUAGAGAGGGUGUUGGCGGACACCGCGUAGAAUUGUUUGAUACACAAUGUGCA